UGGGUGACCCCAGCACAAGCUGGGAUGGAAGCCAGAAACAGAGACCGUAUCUCCAACCUCCAUUCUUUGUAAACGGGCAGGAGAAAAGAUAACGCGGGGGAAGGUUCGGUAGCGAGAAAAGAAGGCCGCUUCUACUUCUUCUUUUGUCUUCUCUUUUUCUUUUUCUGUCCUUGUCCGACCAUCACUCUCUUGAGAUGGUGAAUGAAGCAGCCCCAGCAGAGGCUCAGCAGCGCUCAAGCCCCUUUGUGGGAAGCGAACGGGCACGCUGCUGCUUCAAACUCUCAUUAUGGAAGGCAACAGCAACUCCAUGAAUCGCUUCCGGGUGCGACCAGCUGAGCCGCAGGACUGUCCUCAUAUCAUGCGACUCAUUAGAGAACUGGCUGCUUAUGAAAACAUGCCCGAAGCAGUAAAAAUAACAGAAACAGAUUUACUUCGAGAUGGUUUUGGAACACGUCCCUUCUUCCAAUGUUUAGUAGCAGAGGUAUCAUCGGAAAAUGUAAUGUUAGAUGCAGCUAUUGUAGCUUUUGCUAUGUAUUACUUUACAUACGACCCUUGGAUUGGCAAGCUGUUAUACUUAGAAGACUUUUAUGUUAUGGACGAAUAUAGAGGCUGGGGCAUUGGAACGGAACUUCUAAAAAAUUUAAGUCAGAUCGCCCUGGAGGCCAACUGCAGCUGCAUGCACUUUCUCGUCGUGGUUUGGAAUAAGCCGUCGAUCGAGUACUACAUGAGGCACGGGGCAUCCGAUCUCUCCACCGAAGAGGGAUGGCAUCUUUUCCGAUUCGAUAAAGAGCACCUCCUCAGAAUGGCUAGGGAGUAACAAGGGAGUCUGUCUGUCUGUCUCUCUCUCCAAGGUUGGCGUACCGUCGGCUCAUCAGUCACAAGGAAACCUCUAGCUAAAAUUGAGGCUCUCUAAAGCAGGCAAAUACUAGCAAUAAGAAAUUAAAAAAGAAGCUUGCUUGUUUUAUGACUGGCAGUAGCUCGA